GUCAUAAGACUGCCAACGAAUCUAGUUACUCUCGCCGCCGGAUUCUUCGGAUGACCCUUCCAUAUCUGAUCUCUCUCUCAGCUUUAAAAGUCAAAAAGAGAUUCUUGAAUCCAAAUGAAACAAGAUUCUCCACCAACACGGCCUUUGUUGUGUUAUUGGUGGGAAGUGGCCAUGUCUUCCUACAAUGAAAAUGGGCUUGCUACUAGACACGAGGGAAGGUAUACCGCAAUUGUUGUAUGUUGGCUUUUAGGAAAUGGGUGCCUCUUUUCAUGGAACAGCAUAUUGACAAUCGAAGAUUACUAUGCUGAAUUGUUCCCAAAGUAUCACCCUACUAGAGUACUUACUCUUGUGUAUCAACCAUUUGCGCUUGGAACACUUGCGAUUCUAGCAUACAAUGAGGCGAAGAUUAAUACCAGGUGGCGCAAUUUAACUGGAUAUGUUCUUUUCUUCAUCAGUUCGCUGUUAGUUCUUGUUUUGGAUUUGGCAACAUCUGGAAAAGGAGGGAUCGGAACCUAUAUUGGUUUAUGUGUCCUUAGUGGAGCUUUUGGAGUUGCAGAUGCUCAUGUGCAAGGGGGAAUGAUUGGCGAUCUGUCCUUCAUGACUCCGGAACUCAUCCAAUCAUUUUUGGCUGGUUUGGCUGCUUCUGGGGCUCUAACAUCUGCUUUGAGGUUAAUUACAAAGGCGGCAUUCGAAAGUUCCAAAGACGGUCUUCGGAAAGGAGCUAUGUUGUUCUUUGCAAUCUCAACAUGCUUUGAGCUACUAUGUGUUCUCCUUUAUGCAUACAUCUUUCCCAAACUGCCAAUUGUGAAAUACUAUCGCUCAAAAGCAGCUUCCGAAGGAUCUGCAACCGUUUCGGCUGACCUUGCUGCCGGUGGAAUCCAAAUGCAGCUUAAUUCAAGAGUAGAAGAAGAUCCGAAACAACUUGGGCGCCUAAGUAAUAGACAGUUGCUGUCACAAAACAUAGAUUAUGCAGCUGAUAUGUUUCUGAUAUAUGUGCUGACACUAUCAAUUUUUCCCGGGUUUUUAUCUGAGGAUACUGGCCACCACAGCCUGGGUACUUGGUAUGCGCUUGUUUUGAUAGCAAUGUAUAAUGUUUGGGAUCUCAUCGGGAGAUAUAUUCCCCUUAUAGAAUGCAUGAAGAUCACCUCACGCAGAGGCCUCAUGCUGGUGAUUCUCUCUCGUUUUCUACUCGUCCCGGCAUUUUACUUCACCACCAAAUACGGAGACCAAGGAUGGAUGAUCAUGCUGACAUCAUUCUUAGGAUUAAGCAACGGUUACUUGACUGUCUGUGUUUUAACCGCAGCACCCAAGGGUUACAAGGGACCUGAGCAGAAUGCAUUGGGGAACUUGCUUGUAUUAUUCCUUCUGGCAGGCAUAUUUGCAGGGGUUACACUUGAUUGGCUGUGGCUCAUAGGCAAAGGGUGGUGAGAUUCUGUUGUAGUGUGGAACUUUCCCAAAAUCUUCUUGGAACUGCUACUUUGUACAUAGAAAAAUGUCAUUUUCAAUUGAUUGUUAUGGCAAUCAAGAUUUUAAACUGCAUGGAUUUGUUAUUCUCAAAGUUAAUCAUGUCACUAGAAUAAAAUAGAAGCAUUAAGUA